AUUUGUCCAUGAUGGACUCUUUUUCGAUAAAUACCAGCCUUAAACCAAGUCAUCGCCAAAGACCCUUGAAUCGGAAUCAUAUAGAGUUAUCCUAGCUCAAAGCCUGAGAGAGAAACAAAGAGAUGGCUAGUGGGAUAUUGGAAGUGCUGCUGGUGAAUGCAAAAGGCCUUGGAGAUACUGAUUUCAUAGGUGAUAUGGACCCAUAUGUUAUCGUGCAAUACAAAAGCCAAGAGCGCAAGAGCAGUGUAGCUAGAGGUCAAGGUGGUCAUCCAGUUUGGAAUGAGAGGCUCACAUUCAAGGUAGAGUAUCCAGGACAAGCUGGCGAAUAUAAGCUCAGUCUUAAAAUCAUGGACAAAGACACCUUCUCUGCCGACGACUUCAUUGGUGAAGCCACGAUCUAUGUGAAGGAUUUGUUGACAUCAGGAGUGGAAAAUGGAUCUGCUGAGCUACAUCCCUGCAAGUAUAGAGUGGUUAGUGCUACGCAAUCAUAUAUUGGAGAGAUUCAAGUCGGUGUCACUUUUACCCUCAAGGAGGAAAAGGAUUAUGACGGGGAAGAGUACGGCGGAUGGAACCAAAGCAGUUUUUAGGUCUCUUGCUAAUCUGUUUGAGAUAAACUUCCUAAGCUAGCACUAGCUUCUGUGGUUCGUAAUUUUUUUGGAGGCAUUUGCAACCCUAAACCGGGAACUCAGUAAUCUUGUUCCUCGUAUACUGCACAUGAGAGUCUCUCCAGCUCAAGGCUGCAUGGCAUUGUAGUGUUUGUUUGGAAGUUUCCCAUUUUUCUCUUUUCUUUGUAAGAUUUUUGUCGUUGUUGAUACUUGAUAUGUUCUGCUACAUGAAUUUGUAUGGAAUCGCUUAUUUUAUUUUACUGUAUUUAUUUAUUUUGGUUAUAAAAGAGAAGCUUUAACAA